CCGCCCCUCCGCCAAGACUCCUGAUAGGCAGCGGGUGGCUAUGGCCCGGCCUAAGCCGUCCGGGAGCCGGAUGGACAGACAGCUGGAGCGUGAUGUGUGUGAGCUCGUGCGGCGGGUUACUGGCCUGCAGGACGAGGCGGAUCCCAACUUCCAACUGGCCUUGGACUUCGCCUGGUCCAACUUCAGAUUUCAUCGUUUCUUGGAUGUCAACAGUCACAAAAUAGAAAAAACAAUAGAAGGGAUAUAUGAAAAAUUCACCAUUCAUUCUGAUCUCAGCAAAGCAGCUAGUUGGAAGAGAUUAACUAAGGAGUUUCUCAAUGCACCAUUUCCCAGCGCAGAGAAAGUAAAGACAGAUGCACAUUACUCCAUACUCUCACUCCUCCUGUGUCUGUCUGAUUCUCCUUCCAACAGCAACUAUGUGGAAACACCAAGAGAUAAAGAAGUGGAAAAGAAAGAUGAUUUUGACUGGGGGAAAUACUUGAUGGAAGGUGAAGAAAUUGGCCUUGGUCCAAAUAUCGAUACACCGAACUGGUCUGAAGACAGUGAUGAUGAAGACGCACAGCAGCCCUUAAGCAGAGAGGAUUCUGGGAUACAGGUAGACAGGACCCCGCUAGAAGAACAAGACCACAACAGAACAGGGGGGCCUCAAGUCGGCUGGGAAGCAGAUGAGCCAGAUAGCCGGAGUUGGCUGGAACAGCAUGUAGUCCAUCAGUACUGGACAACCAGGCGCUGCCGGAUCCCACACAGUAUGCAUUUGCACUCCAAUUUAGCUGCUGUCUGGGACCAGCACCUGUACAGCAGUGAUCCGCUGUAUGUUCCAGAUGACAGGGUGGUGGUUACUGAGACACAGGUUAUUCGGGAAACCCUAUGGUUACUUUCAGGGGUAAAAAAGCUGUUUAUAUUUCAGUUGAUAGAUGGGAAGGUCACUGUGAGAAACAAUAUUAUUGUAACUCAUUUGACACAAAGCUGUUUACGAUCUGUGCUUGAACAAAUAGCAGCAUAUGGCCAGGUUGUGUUUCGGCUCCAGGAGUUCAUUGAUGAAGUCAUGGGGCACAGCUCUGAAAGCCUAUCACCUGGAAAUGGUUCCGUACCUAAGAAGCCACCUGAAGCCCCCUUUAGAACCUACCAGGCUUUCAUGUGGGCCCUCUACAAGUAUUUCAUUAACUUCAAAGAGGAACUUACAGAGAUUGAGAAGUGCAUCAUCAGUAGUGAUACCACGAUAACGCUUGCAAUAGUGGUGAACAAGUUGGCCCCUCGACUGGCUCAGCUCAAGGUCCUGCACAAAGUGUUCAGUACUGGAGUAGCAGAGGUCCCACCUGACACUCGGAAUGUCGUCCGGGCAUCUCACCUGCUUAACACCCUGUACAAGGCCAUCCUUGAGUAUGACAACGUUGGAGAAGCCUCUGAGCAAACUGUCUCCCUCCUGUUCUCUCUCUGGGUGGAAACAGUGCGGCCCUACCUCCAAACCGUAGAUGAAUGGAUCGUGCAUGGGCACCUGUGGGAUGGUGCGAGGGAGUUCAUCAUACAGAGGAACAAAAAUGUUCCAGUAAAUCACAGAGACUUCUGGUAUGCAACCUACACUUUGUACAGUGUGUCGGAGAAGACAGAAAAUGAAGACAAAAUGAGUGACAAUGCCAGUGCCAGUUCUGGCAGUGACCAGGGUCCCUCCAGCAGACAGCACACCAUGGUGUCCUUCCUCAAGCCUGUCCUGAAGCAGAUCAUAAUGGCCGGCAAGUCAAUGCAGCUGCUGAAGAACCUGAACUGUGCAGAGGGCUCUGCGUGUCAGGCAGCAGCCAGAGAUGCAGAAAGAAAAAGCUUAUAUACCCUCUUUCUGGAAUCUAUACAGUUGCGUCUUCAACAUGGAGAAGAUUCGACUCCACACAUUCUUACUGAGCAGCAGGCAACCAAAGAGAACUUAAUAAAGAUGCAGUCCAUUGCUGAAAGGCAUCUUGAGCUAGAUGAUAUUCAUGACCCACUGCUGGCCAUCAACUUUGCAAGGUUGUAUUUGGAGCAAAGUGACUUUCAUGAGAAGUUUGCUGGUGGUGACAUCUGUGUGGAUAGAUCAUCAGAGUCUGUGACGUGCCAGACUUUUGAAUUAACGCUGAGGUCUUGCCUCUAUCCUCACAUUGAUAGACAGUACCUACAUUGCUGUGGAAAUCUCAUGCAGACCUUAAAAAGAGAUUUCAGGUUGGUGGAGUACUUGCAAGCCAUGAGGAAUUUUUUCUUGAUGGAAGGUGGAGACACCAUGUAUGAUUUCUAUACUUCAAUUUUUGAUAAAAUAAGAGAAAAGGAAACCUGGCAGAAUGUGUCUUUUCUUAAUGUCCAGCUCCAAGAAGCAGUAGGACAACGCUAUCCUGAAGAUAGUUUACGUUUAUCUAUAUCUUUUGAAAAUGUUGAUACAACUAAGAAGAAACUACCUGUUCACAUCUUAGAUGGUCUUACCCUAAGCUACAAGGUCCCAUGGCCUGUGGACAUUGUCAUAAGUGUAGAAUGUCAAAAAAUUUAUAAUCAGGUGUUCCUUCUCCUAUUGCAAAUAAAAUGGGCAAAAUACAGCCUAGAUGUUCUACUGUUUGGUGAACUGGCUAAUGCUGCUGAAAGAUCCCAAGGAAAAGAAGACCUGCGUGAACAAGACACACUCUCCCAAUUUGGACCACCCAAAGAAUCAUUAAGACAGCAGAUUCAUCGCAUGUUUCUCUUAAGAGUGAAGCUCAUGCACUUUGUGAAUAGUUUACACAACUACAUCAUGACCAGGAUUCUUCACAGUACAGGGCUGGAGUUUCAGCAUCAAGUUGAGGAAGCCAAGGAUUUAGAUCAGUUGAUUAAAAUUCACUACAGGUAUUUGUCAACCAUCCAUGACCGAUGUCUGCUGAGAGAAAAGGUCAGCUUUGUAAAGGAAGCCAUCAUGAAAGUGUUGAACUUGGCGCUUAUGUUUGCAGAAGGUUGGCAGGCAGGCCUUGGAGCUUGGCAAAUGGAAUCUAUAGAGAAAAUGGAAUCUGAUUUUAAAAACUGCCACAUGUUUCUCGUAACCAUUUUAAAUAAAGCUGUCUGUAGAGGAUCUUUUCCGCAUUUGGAAUCUCUAGCACUGUCGCUCAUGGCUGGGAUGGAGCAAAGUUAAAAUCUCUGAUGUAACAAGUACCUUAGACUUCAUCAUCAUCCAUGUACAUUGUCAUCAUUUGCUGCUGAGAAAUAAAAAUCUUAUUUUUACUUAAUUUUAUUUUAAACCGAUCUAGACAAAUGAAUUGUAGGUAUUUUCUCUGGAGAUUGUUACCAAGUGUGUAAAAUUAUGUAUAUAAGAUUGUGUAUAUAAUUGUAAAAUAUAUAAAAGUAGAUUAUUUACUCA